AUGGCCAACCUCAAGACUCUUUACGAAAACCUCCAACGCGCGUUCUACUCAAGGCCAUCAGACCUCAAAGCAUGUGCAUCCCUCCUCGCACAGCUCAAGAUCGGUCUCAUUGAGGCGGGCCUUCUCAUCCCACAAGGAAAUGUGAACAUCGGCGACCUCGUCGUCGCUCGCGACAUCUUGGAGAUUGGUGCACUCACAAGUAUACGCUCGAAGGACAUCCCCUCCUUUGACCGAUAUUUCUCUCAACUGCAAUCUUUCUACACCGACUACCGCAAUCUCCCCAACUUCCCUCCCUCGAAACGCGAAUAUCCCAUCCGUGGACUCAACCUCAUCCGCCUCCUCACCCAGAACCGCAUAGCAGAUUUCCACACCACUCUAGAAAGCCUACCUGCCGAUGUCAUUGCCGAGAACCCAUACAUUAAGCACCCGGUCAAUCUGGAGCGAUGGUUAAUGGAGGGAAGCUACAGCAAAGUUUGGAACGCUCGGGAGGAGGCUCCGGCAGAGGAGUACAAGAUCUUCAUUGACAGUCUCAUGGGCACAAUCAGGAACGAAAUCGCGAGUUGCGAAGAAGCAGCGUAUGAAAGUCUACCCAUCAAGGACGCAGCUACUCUACUCUUCUUCACGAGUCAAAGUGACCUCGCCAAAUUCGCAGCUGAAAGGAAUUGGCAAAUCGACUUAACGGCGGGCCUCAUCAGGUUCUCGCAGAAGACGGAAGAGAAGGUCCAGAUUCCAAAGCAGAAGCUGAUUGCUGCAUCUUUACUCUACGCGCGAGAAUUGGAGCAGAUUGUAUAG